AUGUUGCUGAAUGAAAUUAGCUCCAAAACAUUGAAUAGCCGUUAGCAAUAUCGAUAUUUUAUUUUUUCGCGGAAUAAUUUUUGUUACCCUAUUUGACUUAUUGUAACUAUGACUUAGGAUUUAUGAAGCUACCACAGAAGCCCCAUUCCUUAUUGUUGUGUUUAGGCAUAGAAACAUUGUCACGCAAUGCACCAUGGAAGUGGAUCGCAGAAUAUGCAACGACAGCUCCAGAGAUCAAAAUCUGUCAGUGGGUCUGAAGCAGAGGAGACACAGCAGCAGCCCACCAUGGCAGUCACACAGCAGCAAGCUACAAUUAACCAUCCUCAAUCGCCUGUGACCACAUUCUCCUCUGCUGCCAGUCCUUCUGCCCCUCAGUCACCCAAUUAUCAAAUAAUCAUGAGUCGCAGCCCAGUCACCGGACAGAACAUGAACAUCACAUUACAAAAUAUGGGACAGAUGGUGACCGGUAACCAGCAGAUCACCCUAACCCCACUGCCCAUCCAGAACCCAGCCUCUCCUGGCUUUCAGCAUACUACACCUCAGUGGAGGUUUGAGCAUGCUCCAUCCUCCUACAUUCAGGUUACCUCACCUGUGCCCCAGCCCAUGCAGCCCCAGAGUCCCACGCAGCACAGCCCAGUCCCGGUGCAAGGUUUGACAAGGCCAGGAGCACCUACAUCAGCACUGUGUGGACAGAGUCCAACACGAUUUGUUGAAGCCGGUAUGUUGGUGCGGCAAAUCAGUUUAGGAAGUCCUUCAGGAAGCGGCCACUUUGUUUACCAGGAGGGGACGGGACUGGCUCAGAUUGCACAGGCAACACCUGGCCAGGUACAGCUGGCUUCUCCAGGAGCACCAGGCUCUGUUAGGGAACGCAGGCUGUCUCAGCCUCACUCACAGACUGGAGGCACCAUCCACCAUCAUGGACCUCAAAGUCCUGUGGCCACUGGUAAUGCUGUCCCCACUCUGAGCAGUCCUGGUCACAUCACCACAUCCAACCUACCUCCACAGAUCAGCAGUAUCAUUCAAGGACAGCUGGCACGCCCCAUGAUAUUUGAGAAGACGUCACAGGGUGUUGUUGCUGGAGUAGGAACCACAGCUACAGCAUCAUUUAGUAUACCCACCUCCAUUCCACCUUCUAGCCCAUCCCUCACUAGUCCAAACCAAGGGAUGACCAACAAUCCCCUUGGACUCACUAGCAUGACUGUGGGCACUGUGAAGAAGCAGGUUCCCAAGAAGUUAGAAGAAAUUGCUCCUUCGUCUCCAGAGAUUGCCCAGCUUAGGAAACAGUGCUUGGAGCACCACAACAAGAAGAUGGAGAGCCUGAAAGAAGUGUUCAAAGAAUACUUGAUUGAGCUCUUCUUUCUGCAGCACCUCCAAGGUAACAUGAUGGACUACCUAGCUUUUAAGAAGAAGCCCUGUGUCCCCUUGUAUACUUAUCUGAGACAGAAUGACUUGGACCUGGAAGAUGAAGAGGAAGAAGAAGAACAGUCUGAAGUCAUUAAUGAUGAGGUAAAGGUUGUCACUGGAAAGGAUGGCCAAGCAGUAACACCAGUUGCCAUAGCAACACAGCUUCCUCCCAAUGUUUCUGCAGCUUUUUCUGUCCAGCAGCAGUUCCAGGUACACCAAGGGGUUGCUGGCACCAUUACAAACCCUGGUGACAUGGAUGCCUUUAAGAGGCAGCAGGCUAUGGUGCAAGCAGGCGGGAUGCCGCCUACUCCUCAAGCAAUCCAGAUUGCAGGACAGAAGCAGAACCAGCAACAAUAUGACCCAUCCAAAGGACCUCCAGUGCAGAAUGCAGCCAGUCUACACACACCUCCUCCCCAGCUACCUGGCAGGUUGCCCCAAGGUACUCUCCCUAUGGCAGGCCUGUCAAUGACACUCUCCCAGCAGGCUCAGUUACUGGAAAACACAGCUCAGGCUGGUGGUCAACUGGCACAGGUGAAGGUGCAGGCAGGUGGGCCUGUCCUGACCACAGUAAACCCCCACACACAGCUACAGGCCCAACUGCAACAACAAAUGCAGCCAGGUCUUCAUAUCCAGCUGCAGCCCCAGCAGCAACAAUCCCAGGCUGUUCUUCAGUCAGGACAGGCGGUCAGUCUACUUAAAAAAACGGUCACACUUGCUCGCCCUGGUACAGAGUCAAACCAGCCAGUUCAGAGGAUAAUGACCAACCCAAUAUCCAUGACAUCCAUUUCUCCUGCUCCCCUUCCUUCUACCAAUCCUGUCGCAACCCCCCACACUGCCAAUCCACUUCGCCCUCAUGGUGCUAACAUCAACCCAAGCACCCAGUCCAAACUGAGUGGAACCAAUGGCAUAUCCACUGUCAAAGUGGGUGGCUUUGGUCAGAGUGCAACCAUGCAGACCUCUCAGGAGGGUUCCCAAGACAAGCAUGUUGAGCAGGCCAAACUGGAGAGUCAAGUGCAUCAGCGCAUCUCUGAGCUUCGGAAGGAGGGCCAGUGGUCAGCCAGUAGACUCCCAAAGCUUGUUGAAGCGUCACGUCCAAAGUCCCACUGGGACUACCUCCUGGAGGAGAUGCAGUGGAUGGCCGCUGAUUUUGCUCAGGAGAGGAGAUGGAAAGUCGCGGCAGCUAAGAAGCUUGUUCGCACCUGUGCCCGUCACCACCAAGAGCAGAAGAAAAGUGAAGAGAGGUCAAAGAGAGAAAGGGAAAUUCAUCAUCGCCACAUUGCCAGCACAAUUGCCAGAGAGGUGGAAUUUUUCUGGUCAAACAUUGAGCAGGUUGUCGAAAUCAAAUUGCAAUUUGAGUUUUAUGAGAAGAGACUAAAAGCACUCGGCUUACAAAAAGCCUCAGCCAAAGUGCCUGGUCAGUCAACAGUCAUGAAAGGUGAUAAAGAGGAGGUGGGAACUUCAGCUAAAAAAAGGAAAUCAACUUCAUCUUUUGUUGAUGAAGAUGUCCCAGAUGAAGAGAGCACCAUAGAAGAGCAGGAGGUGAUGGAGGGGGAAGCAGACCACAAAGCAGAGCUGGUUGACCUUGCCAAAGAUGCUGAGAUGACUCUGGAUGCUUUAAAGAAGCAGUAUGCAGGCGCUUACGCUGACAGCUUUGAGUGGCCUCAGCCAAGUCCUCACAGUGAGGAGGAAGACAUGGAGGAGAGUGAAGAAUGUCCUGCAAGCAGUCCACCUGAGGCAGUGAAGAUAGACUCUCUGCUCAGUGUAGACCAGUACAGAGGAGCUGACAAAUCCACCUCCUCUGACUCUGAUGGGAAGCCUGCCAGAGACAUAGCUGAAGUUGCUGCCACCACAGAGCUCAUCCUGCCCAAAGGAAGCUUCAGGACAACCUCCUCUACCCGCAGCCCAGCUCCUAUUCUACUGCAUGGGUCCCUGCGUGAGUAUCAACAAAUCGGUGUCGACUGGCUGGUAAACCUCAACAAGAAACACCUCAACGGCAUCCUGGCAGAUGAGACAGGCCUCGGCAAGACUGUACAGACAGUCGCAUAUAUGGCCCACUUAGCAGGCCAAGAAGGCAUCUGGGGACCCCACCUUAUUGUGGUAAGAACGUGCAAGCUGCUGAAUUGGGAGGUUGAGUUCAAGCGCUGGUGUCCUGGCCUGAAGAUCCUCCUUUAUCUCGGCAACAGGCGGGAGAGAAGAUUUAAGAGAAAGUGGUGGGGAGAAGCCAACAGCUUCCAUGUCUGUUUGACAUCCUACAAAUUGCUGAUGAAAGACCAAAGCCAUUUUCUGAGGAGAAGGUGGAGGCACAUGGUCCUGGAUGAGGUGCAACUUCUCAAAAACAUGACUGAGAAACACUGGGAAACAGUCUUUGCUCUCAAAAGCGAGCAAAGGAUUCUCCUCAUCAACACUCCUUUACAAAACACUCUAAAGGAGCUGUGGACCAUGAUCCACUUCCUUUUGCCAGGAAUCACCAGACCCUACUCAGACUUCCCUGUUAAGGCAGGAACAGACCAGAACCAGGACUACUGCCACAAACUGGUCAUCCGCCUACACAGGAUGAUCCAGCCUUUCAUCCUGAGACGCUCAAAAAGGGACGUGGAGAAACAGCUGCCCAAGAAGUAUGAGCACAUCCUGAAGUGUCGUCUCUCCAGCAGACAGAAGAGCCUUUAUGAGGAUAUCCUCACUCAACCAGGAUCUCAGGAGGCUCUGAAGACGGGUCAUUUUGUCAGUGUGCUUCAGGUUCUGAUGCAGUUACAGCGAGUGUGUAACCACCCUGAGCUGGUGGUGCGAAGAGAGAACAACAGCUCUUACUUUGGAUCCUCCCUACAAUACAACAUCCCAUCACAGGUGCUGGGAGCUCUUCAGAAGGAAUCAAGCAAGAUCGCCAGCAUGUCGAUAUUCGAUCUGAUCAAUAAUGAGAACAGACUGACUCGGUAUCAGACUGAAGAGGCGGUACCCAAACUGAAGGUCACUCAGCAGCUCAUCGAGGAGAUCUACACUGGUCCAGAUCCACCACCACGACCAAAGCCAUGCCCAAUAAAACCCAUGAGAUUGUUCCAGCCGGUGCAGUAUGGGACGAAGCCAGAGGGCCGCCUUGCUACAAUAACGAGUACAGCAGGCCAGCGCCCACCGACAAGCUCUCCUGCUACAAGCACCUCUGCUUCAACAACCAACCAAGCAGCUCAGGCUAGAGGCAAGUCCCCUGUCACCUCUGCAACUACUACAGCCACUUCUCAAGGUGGAGAUGUGGUGAAGAUUGCCCAACUGGCCAACAUGGCCGGCACACAGAAUCGUAUCUCACAGCAGGAGACUCCAGUCACUCUGCAGUUUCAGGGAAACAAGUUCACUCUGUCUCCCAGCCAGCUCCGUCAGCUCACCACCGGGCAGCCAUUGCAGAUCCAAGGUACCCUCGGUAACAUCCUGCAGAUUAUGUCGACUCCCGGGCAGCAGCUCAUCAGGCCCCAGGGAUCGAUGGUGAUGCAAGCAAUGCCACAAGCUGUUCCUGCAUCCAAUGCCUCAGCUACACCUGGCACACCUCAUCCUGCGCUGUCAGCAGGCCAACAAGCUCUGGGUGUGUCUACAAAUGCCACAUCAGCCCCAACCAAGCUCACUACUGCUACUAAUGCUGGUUCUCAGGAGUCAUCAGAAGAGAAGACUCAGCAGCUGAAAGAGCGUCUGGGCCGCCUGUUUGAAGCGAAUGAGCGACGCUGCAGUCGCAGAGUUUUGUAUGGCUCCGACCUGCUGCAGGCGUGCACUCUUAGCUCAGAGCCGGGUCACUCGGCCCUGACAGCUGGAGGCUGGAGGUGGGUGGGCAUAGAGAGUUGCCUGAGGGCCAAGAGAACCUGCAUGACUAGCACUUCUACACUGCAGUCCACUCUGCUCUCUGUGGAGGACCGCCUGGAGGCUGCAAACAACAUAACCAAGAGACUGGUCUGUGUGGUGCCUCGAGCUGUAGCCCCACCUCCUCAACUGUAUGCAGCCAAUCCACCGGUUCCCUACCGGCUGGAUCAGAAAUCCUUUCAACGUCGGCUACAAGAGGCCUCUGCACCCCUAGGUGCUGAUAUCCACCAAUUUACAUCCAGGAGUCUCAUCCAUUUUCCUGACCUGCAGCUGAUGCAGAUGGACUCAGGUAAACUGGAGGCUCUCGCCAUUCUGCUGCAGAAGUUAAGAUCAGAGAGCCGUCGUGUCCUCAUCUUUACUCAGAUGGUGAAGAUGUUAGACAUCCUGGAAGCCUUCCUCGAUCACAGGCAGCUGACUUAUGUGCGAGUGGAUGAAAGCUUCACUCCUGAUGAACGACAGGAGAAUAUAAAAAGGUUCAACAGGAACAGGAGGGUUUUCUGCAGUAUCCUGACAAACCGCUGCUGUUCUGCAGUCGGGACUAUGUUUGAUGCAGACACCAUCAUCUUCUAUGACACAGACCUCAAUCCCAGCAUGGAUGCCCGCACACAGGAGUGGUGUGAAAAAAUAGGCCGUUCUAAGGAUAUACACAUAUACAGGCUAGAGAGUGGGAACUCUAUUGAAGAGAAGCUGCUGAAGAACGGCACCAAGGAUCUGAUCAGAGAGGUGGCUGCUCAGGGUACUGACUACACCCUGGCUUUCCUCACACAACGGACUAUCCAGGAUCUGUUCGAGGUGGAGGCAGGCUCAGGGGAGAAGGUGGAGGAGUUUGUGGUACUUCAUCAGGAACCGUCAUCUUCUGAAGCCAUCUCUCCCAGAGUGGCUCGGCCCUACAUCCAAGCUCUGCACAGCAUCAAUCUGGAUGCUCCAGCAGAGGAAGAAGAGCAGCAGCAGGUGGAGGAGGAGUUAGAAGGCAAGGAGUUGACAGAGGAGGACCAAGAGUCAGAGAGUGUAGCUAAAGGAGAGCCCGCUCACAAAGAGGAGCUGAACGCAGUCAUGGAACAGCUCACACCUAUUGAAAAGUAUGCGCUGCAUUACCUUGAGUACCUCCACAUCAGUGACGAUGAAACUGCUCUCAAGGAGCAGUUAGAGAGCUUUAAGAGAGGCUGGGAGCUAAAGCAGCUGCAGAAGCUGAAAGAGGAGGAGGACGAGCGGCUGAUGAUAGAGGGAGAUGAAGACCUCUUCACCUACACCAGAGAGGAUGCCUACAACAUGGAGUAUGUGUUUGAUGCAGAGGACGGCCACACAGAAAUCAUGCCGGUUUGGACUCCUCCCACACCUCCACAAGAUGACAACGACAUUUACAUCGACUCUGUGAUGAUGCUGAUGUAUGACACCACCCCCAUGCCAGAGGCCAAACUGCCUCCGGUCUACGUCCGCAAGGAGCACAAGAGACUCAAGAUGGACCCCUCAGUAGCAGCCAGGAAGAAGAAGAAGGGCCACGGGGAGACUGUCAUUCCUCCACGCUCCCUGUUUGAAAAGGCCAGCAUGCUUAAAGUUCGACGUGAGUGCAAAGACCAAAAGAAGAACUUUUCCCUCAAGCAGCAAGCACCCUUUGCCAAGCCCCUCCCCUCGCUGGUUAAACCUGCCAUGGAGGCUGGCCAGGACAACCCAGAAUGGCUCAUCAGUGAGGACUGGGCUCUUCUUCAGGCUGUGAAGCAGCUGCUGGAAUUGCCUCUGAACCUGACAAUCGUGUCUCCUGCACACACUCCGAACUGGGAUCUUGUCAGCGAUGUUGUGAACUCCUGCAGCCGCAUCUACCGCUCGCCCAAACAGUGUCGCAACCGCUACGAGAAUGUCAUCAUACCCAGAGAAGAGGGCAAGUUGGUGUAUGAGGCUAACCCCAAGAAGAAAACCAAAAGCAUAUACAAGUCUAAGAACAGCCGUCCUCUAAGAACAUCUCAGAUCUACACACAGGAUGACAAUGCCACUCACAUUCAGCUCUACAACAGCCGCUUUGAGCUCAUGAAGAUCAUCGCCAGUAAAAGGAGUCCACCAAUCAAACCACUGCUUGGCAUGAAUCCAUUCCAGAAGAAUCCUAAACAUGCCUCAGUCUUGGCAGAAAGCGGGAUCAGCUACGACAAGCCUCUACCUCCCAUUCAGGUGGCAUCUCAACGUGCUGAGAGGAUUGCUAAGGAGAAAAAGGCCCUUGCAGAGCAGCAGAAGGCUCAGUUGGCACAACAGCAGCAGACCGGAGCACCCCAGGCUCAGGCUGCAACCAGCCAGGUUCAGGCUCCUGCUGCUGGUCAGAUUCAGGCUCAGGUCCCCCAGACUGCCGCAGUGGCUGGAACCGCUGCUGUUCCUAAUGCAGCAGUUCUGGCGGGAGCCAUAAAAAAUGCCACCGUGGGCACAACCAUCCAGGCGGCCACUGUAGGGGGGAAUGUGAUUGUGAACACAGUAGCUGGAGUUCCUCCAAGUCCCUUCCAGGCCAACAAACGCCUGGCAUCUCCAGUCAUCCCAGGCACCCUGUCUCCUGCUAGUGCAACCGGAGCCCAGGUGGUCCACGCACAACAGAGGGCUGUCACAGCUGCUGCUGCCCCGGCAGAAGUGGUUGCCAUAGCUACAGGUCAAGGUGUUCGAGCGGUUACCCCAGUGACAGCGUCUGCAGUCGUUUCUACGACUCUGAGCCCCGGGCAGUCACAGACCCGCCCUCUGGUCACUCAGGUCACACCAGCCACAGGUAUGCAGCUGCCACAAGGAAAGCCUCUCACCCCGGCACAUCUGCAGAUGCUCCGUCAGCAGCAGCUUCAGCAGCACCAACAGCAGCAGCAGCAGGGUGCUUCACCACAGAUCAAAGCAGUGGGCAAACCCCAGGAGUUGUUGAAGAUGCACAAGCACAAGUUGCAGCUGCAGCAACAGCAGCAGCAGGUCGCUGCAGCAGUGGCAGCAGCAGCAGCUCAGGGCCAACAGGCUGCAGGAGCUCAGCAGGCUGCUCAGGUACAACCUGCACAGGCUGCACAGGCUAAUCCCCAGCUGACGGCUGUGGCAGCACCCAGACCUGGAGCGGUACUGACUGGCACCACGGUGGCCAGCCUGCAAGUGGCCAGACUGACUCGAGUACCCACUCAGGGCCAGAUUCAGGCCCAGGCAGGACAGACAGCCCAGGUGACCCUCACCAAGCCUCCUGUGGUCUCUGUGCCAGCUGUGGUCUCAUCAGCUGGAGUCACAACGCUGCCAGUCACUGUAGCUGGCAUCAGUAUGGCUAUCAGUCAGGCCCAGAAAACAGGUGGACCUGUGCUGACGCAGUCAUACCCCCAGAUACAGGUCCAGCAGCUGCUUCAGAUGAAGAAGCAGCAGCAGCAGGCGGCAGCAGUUCAGGCAGCAGCUGCUGCUCAGCAGAAAGCAGGGCAGCCGCAGCAAGGGCAGGCCACUGUGCAACAAAAGAUCGGCACCCAGCAGGUGACGGUGCAGGCAGCCCAGCCGGCUCAGCAGCAGCAGAAGGUGACCUACGCUGCCACCACCCAACUCCAACCUGGAAUCAAGACCCAGUUCUUCACUACAUCCAUCGCUCAGGCUCAGAAACCCACUGGAGCCCAACAAAUCCAGGUGGCUAAGCUCCCACAAAUGGUGCAGCAGCAAACCACUGUGGCAAAUCUCCAACAAAUCGUGUCUUCUCCUCAGCAGAUCCAGGCCCAGCCUCAGACCGUGACUCUGACCCAGGCGGCCACGUCCGCUCCUGCUCAGGUGCAGAUGAUCUCCGCUGGAACAGCAACAGCCCAGGUGGUCCAGCAGAAGAUCAUCCAACAGCAGGUGGUAACUGCUGCCACGUCACCUCAGAUCCAGACUCCUCCUCCACACAGCCCCGCCCAGCAGCCUGCAGUGACCUCUGCUGCCGAGUCCACCGCGCAGCAGCCAACUCAGACCCAACAGCCCACCAAGGGUCAGGCUCGCCAGGGUGGCAUCAGGGCCAAAACUCCCGCCAAGCCCAGCGGGGGGAGCAGCUAAUGAAAUGGAUUGAGCGAUUGUUUCCUGCAGUACAGAUGUGACAGCUCUGACGUUGUGCUGAAGCUUUUCUUACGGAUCCUGUCACAUUGUUCACCACAGAAAACCUUUACCUCACACACUGCAGCCAUCUCUAAUCUGAUUCUAACUGUUCAACAUGACACACAUGUCAGUGGUUGUUUCUAAACUUUCAACUCAAUCUCAGCACUCCUGUAACUCCUGGUGGGAUCCAUAAAUUUGCAUUACAGUCAACAUUGUUCCUUCUCUUUAUUUGUUUAAUGUAAUGUGGAAUGUUUGAAAAUACCACAACUGAAAAUUGUCCCCCGAUAGAUCAAGCAACAGAGACAACAUCAAUGACUUCUAAGUGACAAUUAUCACUGAAUCACCAGAUAUCUGAGGCUGAAGCUCAUGGGAAAUCUUGCAGCUGUCCGUUAGAAUAAGUGUAUCCAUAAUUAGUCCCUUUUAUGUCUAUUCCCCUUGUUGUCUAUAGAUACUGAAUGGAGAAUAAUGCACGUUCCUUUAGUCCUUUGUUUUUUAUUGCAGCAAAUACACUGUAUACAUGUACUUUAGUAUUUUGUGUUUCUCAUAAAUUGUCUUUUUUUAUUGAUGUCAAGGAAAAAAAAAUGUAAAUAUCAAUGAAAAACAUUUGUACUUGUAAAGUAGUUGUGUUUUCAUUGGGUUUUUUCAGCCUAAUUGUAAUAAAGUGUUUUGUUUUUAUACACAAAUUCAUCUUUUCCUUUCAUUAAAUCCGAUGUAAGUA